UAUAAUUCAAUAUGCUAGUAUAUUAUAUAAUAUAUAGUAAAUACUAUACUAUAAUAUAGUAUAUUAUAUCAUAUAACAUAAUAGUAUAAAUAUACACAUAAUGUGUGUGUAUGUUUUCUGAGUUCUAGUCUUUAUAACCCACUGCCUACUAGAUAUUUAUACUUGAAUGUCCCAUAAGGUCUUCAAACUGAAAAUGUCAAAAACAGAAGGCAUUAUCUUUUCCCCCAAAACCCUUCCCUCUUCUACACUUUUAUCUUUCUGUUGAAAGUACCACAAUGCUUCUAGUCACUUAAAAUUACUACCCCAGAGCCAUUCUUGACUCCUCAGUCUACUGUAUACUCAUACUCAAUCAAUUGCCAAAUCUUAUCAAUUCUAGCCCCACAAAAUAUCUUUCAGUAGUACCAUCUUCUUGAUUCCCAAAGCAACUACUUUCCUCACCUCUUUCUAAAUGGUCUUCCUGUCUCCAGUCUAUCCCUUCUCCAAUCUUUUCCCCCAACACAGCUGCCAAGUGCAAGUCCUAAAGCACAGAUCUAACUAUGACUGCUUCUUCACGAAGACUCUAAUGAUCCUAUUUCUUCUGGAAUAAAUUACAAAUUCCUCCAUUUUACAUUUAAAGCCCUUAACAAUCUAGCUGCAGUUUAUCUUUCUAGACUAGUGUCAAAUUACUUCCAUUGCUUUAUUUUCCAGCCAACCUGCUCUACGUGUUGCCCUAACCUCCACAUUCCACUGUCUUCCAUUCUGCUCCUUUGCACAAGUAGAAAGAAUCAGAACUAAGAUUUAAAUCUAGGUCAUUAGAUUCCACGUCCAGGACUUUGGCCAGCUAUGCUGAGAGUUAUGCACUGAGAAAGAAUGAAUCUCCGUGCCAAAGCUUCCCAGGCCAUUUUUGGACGACUCUCACUGUUAGGAAGUUUUGAGAGGAAAAUUAUCCAUCUUAGCUCUGUCCCCAGAAAAUCAAGCAGGACAACUUUAACUAAAGGAACAACAACAACAAAGUACAGUAAUUGUAUACCAGGAAGAUAAACACUAAUGUCAGAAUCCAAAACAUGAUGGGGAAAGUGUUGUUGAUUUCGUUUAUUGUUUAUUGUUCAGUUGUAUCCAACUUUUUGUGAACUCUUUUGGGAUUUUCUUGGCAAAGAUUGAUUUGCCAUUCCCUUCUCCAGGUCAUGUUACAGAUGAGGAAACUGAGGCAAAUGGGAUUAAGUGACUUGGCUAGGGUCACACAGCUAAUAAGUGUCUGAGGCCAGAUUUGAACUCAGGAGGAAGAGUCUUUAUGACUCCAGUCCCAGCAUUCUAUGGACUGUGCCACCAAACUGCCCCAUGACAUCAUCCACAACUUGAAAUUUUAAGAAACUUAAAACUUUCACAUUUUUUAUCACAUCAUAUCUUUGUCCUAUCACAUACGCACAUAGAUCUAUAUAUUUAUAUCUAUCUAUGCAUCCUAAAAGGAGGAUAGGACAAAGAUAUGAUGUGAUAAAAAUGUAAAGGUUUUAAGAUUUGUAACAGUUUCAAGUGUCAAAUUUUAUGUAAAAUCUUUGCUUUUUAAUAGAGCAGCUAAUUUUACUUUGAAAAAAAUAACAAAUUAGAUAUUUUCUCCAAGAACUAAGAUAGCUAUAUAUGUAAUUAUAAAUAUAUAUUAUUGUAGGACCCGCGACCUUGAAAUCAUUUGCUAAGGCAACCACAGGCGAUGGUGAGGUGAAAGCUAGGUACAACUAUCUCCCACUGCUUGAAUUCUAUAAAUGUAUAAGUUUUUAUGGCCCACAAAGGAUGUUAUUGAUAUCUAAAUGGCCCUUGGAGGACUUCCCUAUGUUUUUAUUAAGAACAAUGACAAAAUGACAAGUAAACAUGAUGUUCCUGGAUAAUUGCUUUUUGGUUUUGAUCUUGAAGAACAAGAAUGAGGAAACAGGGCAAAGUAUUGAAUAAUCUUUAGGUUCAACUGAAUAUAUUAAGAAGAAUUUUUUUCUUUCCUUUUUUGUUUAGGAUAUACAGGCUCUAAAUAGGUUUUAAUAUUAAGUUCUCAAAACUGGAUUAAGGAUCUUACUUAGUCUUAACAAUUGCAAAGAAAUUUUUAAACAUCUUUCCCUCCCAUUUUGAAUUCCUUUCUUGAUAUAGAAAAAAAAGGAGGCUCAUUUUUACAAGUCAGGACUUCAUGCAUUCUUAAGAUUCUUCCUUCAGCCUGUAGAUAGCAUUAUCCACAUCAGAUUCAGGUUCAGGCAAAGAAAGAUAUAGAAAGUGAUAUAUAAAAAUUGAAGUUCUCUGAACUUUCAGGGAAAUUAUGGGUUUCUAAGUGGAUGUUCUUUUAGUUCUCUUGCUUAUAAGGAUAACUCCAUAAGAUUCAAACUGGAUGAGAUUAUAAAUGUUUACUUUUUUCAACUUUUAUGACACUGAAAGAAUAAUGGGUUUAAAUCUUAUUUUUAACUUUUAUAGAUUAAAAGAAUGCACAAGAUCAUACUAUGUAAAAGAAUAAUUUUGCUGUAGGUUUUUUAGAAUUCUAACUUUUGCUCUGAAUUAUUUUUUUUACCUCCUGAAUCUGUGUUCAAGCAGAAUAAAACUAAGGUUUCUGAGAUAUGGUAAAUUUAUUGAAAUAGCAGGACCUGGGAGCAACCAGGUGAUUGCAGUGUAUAGAACACCUACCCUGAAGUCAGGAGGACCUGAAUUCAAAUGUGAUCUCAGAUACUUAACAUUUCCUAGCUGGGUGACCCUGAGCAAGUCAUUUAACCCCAAUUACCUCAGCAAAAAUAAAUAAAUAAAUAAGCAGAACUUGCCCCAGUGACAUUUCUCUCACUCAUAGGAAUGGGUACUCUACCAAUUCCAGCUACUGGGAGAAUGGCAGCCCCUCAAAGCUGUGUUUGGCCAAGGGUAGGUGGCUUCCUCCUGUUAUUGUGUUGCUCUAUUUGGGGACAAUUGUGAUUCUCCACCUUGUAAAAGAAGAAAAGGCCUCAAGUAAGUGCCAUACUUCUGGCACUGGUUACCUAGGCCCCAACCACACUAAGACUUUGGGGACAUCCUGUGUAAGGAGACAGUAGCCUCCUUGUUUCCCUAGGGACCUCGAGAGAGAGACCUAGCCUGACCCCUGGGGCAUAAGCCCUCCCCUUUCCCCCAGCACAUUUUCAUGGGGGAAUUUGCAUGGAAGCCAAGUGCCAGGAGGAGGAUUCAGCAAUGCAAGGCAAAAAUGAAACCAGAAGGAAAAACAACACAAAGAAAACAUUGAGCUUUUAAUAGUCAAGCUGUCCAUUGUUGGCAUCUUUACAAAAAGAAAUGACCCUGGGGACUUUCGAUCCCCUCUCCCAAUGAAAAAUUGCCCCACAGAAUCGGUGUUAGUUAUGAUUUCUAGUCACAGGUAUCAAAAUAAAAUAUGAACUUUUCACAAUGAAACAUUUACCUUUUUAUCGCAUCCAUCUUUGUCUUGUCCCCCUUUCAGGAUACAUAGACAACCAUAAACCAAAUAAAUGUGUCAUAGGACAAAGAUGGGAUGCGAUGAAAAGGUAAACUUUUGAAGCUUUGUACUAGUUCUAAGUUUCACAUUUUCUGUAAACUCUUUAGAUUUUAGAAAGAUUGUACAUUUUGCUUUGGGGUGGAAAGUUUCGAAGGCUAGAGGCUACAUCUUUCCCCCCCCUCCAAUUGGUGGGAAACUUGUGCCUGGGAGUAGGCGCUGGAAGCGCACUUCUUCCCUCCCCUAUGGGUUCUCUCGACCCCGCCCGAGGCGCGAGUGCAGCCUGACUUCGGAAUCUCGUUUGGACUCCCACGCAGCCGCAGUCUCCUCCAGUGGUGGUUCUUCACCUCAGUCACGUCAAGACUUCGAAGAGUCCGUGGUCAGAAAAUGUCUCGAAGUGACAGGGCUCCGUGUGUUAAGUUUGUGAAGGGUCAGAGAAACUCUGAACUUUUUUUUUCAGCUUUUGGGUCUAUGAAAGAAUACCUGUCAGAAGAAUAUCUGCAAACUCUUAUAGAAGAAGAGGCAUUGAAUGUAAAAGAAAGUGACAAAUCACUUUAUAUCUGUGAACCAUUUAGCGGCAUUGCCUUUGAUCAUCUCCAAAAGCUUGGCUGUAGAAUUGUUGGCCCACAAGUAAUUGUAUUUUGCAUACAGCACCAACGAUGUGUCCCCAAAUCAGAAUAUCCUGUUUACAAUAUGAUUAUGGCAGAUCUAAUUAUUUCUUGUACAAGCCUUGACAAAGAAACAAAGAAAGAAAUUCACAAAUAUGUACAAAUGAUGGGUGGACGAUUUUGCAGAGAUUUGAAUAUGUCAGUAACUCAUCUUAUUGCUGGAGAAGUUGGCAGCAAAAAAUAUUUAGUGGCUGCAAGUCUAGGGAAACCUAUUAUGCUUCCUUCUUGGAUAAAAGAGCUAUGGAAGAAGUCACAAGAGAACUCUAUGACACAACAUAAAGAUAUAAAUAUGGAAGAUUUUAAAUGUCCUUUAUUUUUUGGCUGUACAAUUUGUGUCAGUGGUUUAUGUACCCUCGAAAGAAGGGCAAUUCAGCAACUCACAUCUGAACAUGGAGGUCAAUAUACGGGACAUCUGCAAAUGAACGAAUGUACACACCUCAUUGUUCAAGAACCAAAAGGUCAAAAAUAUGAAUAUGCCAAAAGAUGGAAUGUGCAUUGUGUGACUGUUGAGUGGUUUUAUCAUAGUAUUGAAAAGGGCUUCUGUCAAGAUGAAGCUAAGUACAAGAUAGAGUCUAUAUCAGAAGCAAAGAGUGAGCCAUGUAUUUCAACUGCUGCAGGCCAGAACAAUGAAGCUGGUGGUUACACUAAUGAAUCUAUACAUAACUCAGUUGUGAACAACAGCUUGGGGUCUCUGCUUGAGAAUCUACAAAAUCUGGAUAUCAAUGCAUUUCAAGGACCUAUGGAUUUACUAGACGGUUGUCGGAUAUACCUUUGUGGGUUUCAUGACAAAAAGUUAGAUCAAGAUAAACUGAGAAGACUCAUUAAUUGUAGUGGUGGAGUUUGCUUUAAUCAGCUCAGUGAAGAUGUGACCCAUGUUAUUGUUGGAGAUUAUGAUGAUGAGUUAAAACAGUUUUUGACUAAGUCAACACACAGGCCUCAUGUAGUUGGAGCAAAAUGGUUGCUGGAAAGUUUUAAUAAAGGUUACCUGCUUUCUGAGGAACAAUACAGCCAGUUGAAUUACCAGCCAGUUGAGAUAUCCAUAUCAGAACAACCAGAAAUGAAAAGGAAUACCAAUUUUCCCAAGAUAGAAUUUGCAGAGGCUGAGAAGCAAAAUGUCUCUCAAAAUGACAAUGAUGACAUGAUGAUAGAUAAUGAUGAAAUGUCUGCAGCUGGGAUCUUUAAUGAUGCUCCUCAUAUCACUGGACAAGUGGAGAAUCAGUCUUCUUUUGGCCACAAUUUAACACCUAAGACUCCUAAAAUUAUUGAAGGUUUAUUUAGCCAGAAGAAUUUCCUUGUUGUUGGUUUUGGUAAAGAAGAUGAAUCUUUCGUUGUCAAAGCUAUUAAAGAAAACGGUGGAAAAAUAUUGCCCCUCCAAAGCAGAACUAUUGUCAACUAUGUUGUGGUUCCUUUGUUGGGGUGUGAAGUGGAGUUGGCUGUAGGAGAAGUUGUUACAAAUACAUGGCUAAUUACUUGUAUGGAACAACAAACUCUUUUUGACCCAGAAUCAAAUCCACUUUUUACGCCAAUACCAGUAUUUAAAGGAAAUUGUACUCCUUUAGAAAACUGUGUUCUUUCAUUCAGCCAAUUUAUUGGAGCUGAGAAAGAUUCAUUGGUAUACUUAGCAAACCUGCUUGGAGCAAGAGUUCAAGAAUUUUUUGUGGGGCAGAAUGGUGCGAAGAAAGACAUGCUUGCCAGUACCCAUCUUAUAGUGAAACAACCAGAUGGUGCUAAAUAUCAGGCUUCACAGAAAUGGGGAUUACCUGCAGUGUCUAUGGCAUGGAUAUUGGAGACUGCUAAACUGGGGAAGAGAGCAGAUGAAUGCAAAUUUCUGGUUGGAAAGUUACCCAAACAAGAUAACACAUUUCCAUCCUUAUAAUAAGAAUGAAAUUAAUUUCAGUGAGGAAUCGUAACAAUGGUCUACAAGAAGCCAACUGCACCAUUCUACUGAAUUUUAAACUGUAUUCAUAUGUGGACUGAAUAAAGUUUUAUUUUACUUCA